GCCAAUACUUAUCAUGGAGUACCUGUGGAGAGGUGACUUGCUGGGUUACCUCAGAAAAUCCAGGGGGGUAUUCGACCACUAUCAUCGUGGGGCCGGAAGGGUCGACCACUUGAAAACAUAUGACAUGGUGCUGUUCGCUAAACAGAUCGCACAUGGUAUGACAUUUCUCGCGUCUAGAGGGAUAAUUCAUCGCGAUCUUGCAGCUCGCAACAUCCUUCUCGAUGAGCAUCGUGUAUGCAAGUUGACUGAUUUUGGGCUCUCUUAUCAGGAUUUCAAAUACGGCACAGGAAAUGCCAAGAAGGGAUGUAUCCCAAUUAAAUGGAGUGCACCCGAGAUUCUUUACGGCCAUGUGGAACGGCUGUCAACCAAAAGUGAUGU